UAACAACAAGAACUAGCAGAAGCCAUACAUAUAUGAGUUCAUUAUCUCUCUCUCUCUCUCUCUGAAACUGACUGAAAAAUGCCUUCACGUUGUGAAAUUUGCUGUGAGAUUCUCAUCGCUGUCUUGCUCCCUCCAUUAGGUGUUUGUCUCCGCCAUGGUUGCUGCACUGUUGAAUUCAUCAUUUGCUUGCUCCUUACAAUACUAGGGUAUAUUCCUGGUAUAAUCUAUGCUCUCUAUGCAAUUAUCUUUAUUGAUCGUGAUCAGUACUUUGAUGAAUAUAGGCGUCCUUUGUAUGCACAAUCACAAUACUAGUAACUAACACAUAUUGUGAUUGUGUUCUUCAUUAUGUAAUGGAUAUCACUUCAAUUUUAUUAUUAUCUGUAAUUCUCAAUUUUCAUUGAGAUUGAACUUGGUACUACUACUAGUAGACUUUGAAUUUGCAUUAUUUGUUUCGUUCUAUAUGUUUUAGUUGAGAACAAGUACUCCCAAGCAAGUGUUUUAAGUCUUUUAGAAAUUUAUAUGGUAACGUGAUUGUUGGUUGUAUGGUUAUAUAUAAGUACUUAUGGAAUCAAAUUAUGAAAAAUUAAGUGGUUAGUUAUAUUGUGGAA